UACUGAAGAAUAAUGAGUCGAUAAUAAACAAACAUAAGGAAACAGACAUGGACCAGGGUCUUAUUCGUCAGUAUAUUAACAAAGCAAAGAAGGAACAAGACAUUGAAGCACUGCAGUCAGCAUUUCAUUUGAUCAAAGGGAGAGCUGUACCUGAAUCCACUGGAGCCACUUCAAGCAUUUCCCCAGAGAUGUAUGUUUUGUGUGCAGAGGAGGCGCUGCAGCUCAGUUGUUUGGAGAUAAGUGCAGCAUGUUUAAAGAUGUACUUUGAAGGAAAUCCGCCGGCGAAUCAAUUUUUGUGUCGAGCCUACCUCUGCCAGGGUCAGCUGAUGUCUCCGCCAGCCACUGGCAGUGUGGAAGAGUUUGAAAAGGCUGUGCUGUGUUUUCUGAAAGUUAUUGAAAUUUCAAAGGACAAGCCGAGAUGCCACUUCAUAGUGUAUAAUGCCUCAGUACUGUACUUACAGACAGUACGUCCUCUACUGCAGCCAGAGCGUCGCCUCCACCUGGUUCCCUCUCUUAAGCAGGUUGUCCAAAGUCUGGAAGAGGUGGACGUACAGGAUCACAGAUGGCGGGCUGAACUCAUGAUGCACCUGAUUGAAUGUCUUGUGGACUCUGGGAAGAUGGAAGAGGCUCAAAGUUUUGCCAAAGUAACUGAAGAAUUCAUCAAAUCACAUGUCCCACAUCUUUUUCAAAAAUUAUUUGGCUUACUGGUUCAGCACAACUUGUCAGAGAGUGAUGUCCUUGAAAUGAGCAGCCGCUUUUCCACCUUAGCAGUUACAUACAGAAUACAGAAAUUUAAAAAUAGAAAUUUGGAAGAACUAAUGGAGUAUGGGCUGAAGAAAGAGGAUUCCGAGGAGUUUGUAGAGAUUUUAAAUCUCUUGACUAAUUGCACAAAAGGAUCUGCGACAAACCUCAGCUCACAUCCUCCUCAGAGCCCAACACCCAUUUCACCAGCAGACAGAGUUACCUUCCUCCUUGAGUUGGCUAUGCUGGCCUUGCAAGUGAAGCAUCACAAAGUCGCUGUGACCUGUCUGAAAGAGCUAAAGUCAGUGCGAGAGGCUAGUGUGGGGCAACGCAUAAUAAUGGAGUGUGUCAAAUGUGAGCUCAGUCUCUUGAAGAAAGAGGCAAAAAUGAAUGAUUAUUCCAAGGACACCGUGGAGUCUCAGUUGAAGGACAUACGCAAGCUGGAUCAGUGCCUCCAGAGUGCAGUGAGAGCAGAAGACCCUCAGGCUGUGCAGGCUGUGUGUGCUGUCCAGUGGAGCUUCUCCCUACCACUCAUGCAGCACAAUCUAAAGAAACACAUCAAGGCACCUUUGGUCAGGGUGGCCCAAGUGCUGGAAGACACACAAAGCAUGUUUUUUGAAAUGCGAUGCCAACUCCACACUGAGCUGGCAAUGAUUGAGGAGGAGGAGGGACGCCUUCAGGCUUCAAUGACCCACCUACAGAAAGCCAUGCAGCUGGAUAAUGGAGCACAACAACGACUGUCAUCAAUUCUCCGCCUGUUGGAGCUCAGGCAGACACUUGACCAAACCCCCAUCAGGGAUGAAGAUAAGGCUGCCAUGCUUAUACAGCAGGCCAGGGACAUGCAGUUUCAAAAUAUGACUGACAGCCGUCCUGUCCUGGUUGCUGUCGGACUCCUCCUGGCCCCUGAUGAGUUCCAGAUGGUGCUGGAUGCAGACAACCCAUCAGAAAGCAGCCUUGGAUCAGGCGUGGUUGCUCAACUCUUUGCUAAAGCUCAGCAUCACUUCACAUCAGUUCAGAAGAUGGAUGGACACCUGUUCAGACAAGGAAAUGACACCAACAACAGAGAGAGGGUAAUCUUGUGGGCAACACUUGUGAAAACAGCCAGGAAACAGAAUGUUUGGGACGUCUGCAGAGCUGCUUGUCGAUUCUGUUUACUUUAUGAUGAUGGACGAUGGAAGACUUCCAAAACUGACAAAUCCAGAUGCUGUGAUGAAGAGCGGGGCUCAGAAUGUCUUCGGGGUUGCUGCUUAACCCAAAACUCUGUGAAGGAAGUGCUUCGCCUUUUGGCUGAAAUUCAUUUCAUAAAUGCUGAGUCCAUCAUCGAAAUGCUUCAGACAGAAGGGUUGAAACUUAACAGCCGUGCUCUCCUACCACUGGACACAGGGGUCUGCGUGUCUGAAGAAGAUCCACACUGGGUUGUAUACAGAGACUGGAUCCAGGAGCUGUCUGCCUAUGCCACUUCCAAUUUCUUGAGGGCAGCAGAGCUGGGAGUAGAGAUUGGGGAGCCAUGGAUUGUAGAAAAUGCAGCUGUUUAUCUAUGGAACUACAAUAGUCACUUGCUGGCAACUAGGGAGCACCAACUUCUUCUUCCCACCUUCCAGAGAGUGGUGGAGAUGCUCCAAAAGACAGAGUGCACUGGAAAUUAUGCUCUGCUUGUGCUGCUGUGUAAUGCUGUGGCUCGGGGGUUAAUUCAGCCUCUAUGCCGUCCACGUAGUGCUGACACCAUCCUGACACAGGACAAGUGCAAAAGCAAAGGUGAGAAGAAAGUGGAGCAGCGCAGAAGCAGCUGUGGGGGUCUCAUAGACCCUGCUGCCCUGCAGAAUGUCCACAAAGCAUCAGAGGUUUCAGAAUAUGCCCUUCACAUAUCAGAUACUGUCCACAUCGCAGUAAGGAAACAAAUUGUGGCCACAUGGGUCCAAAUCAAGAGACUCUUGCAACAGCAGAUUCACAUAAAGAUGGACACUGAUAAGUGUCAAAAUGAGGUCAUGUCCAUGUCGAUGGAUGUGCUGCUUGGAUUGGAAAUGCUCCAGUGCAAUAACAACCCAGUGUAUAAUGAGUUCAAGGAGUUCUUGGUUCCCAGUCUCUCCACACUGGUGCAAAUGGCAUCUGCAUGCAGCUGGACUGAUGCUGUGGUGGAGUUGCAGGUGUGGAGCCAGCUGGCUGCCUUCUGCCACAGUGCAAAGGAAUACAGCUUGUUGUUACAGUGCACCAACAAUGCUCUGCAGCUGGAAGACACAGCCACUGACAGCCUUAAGAACAUGCACUAUCCUUUAUAUGGUCCUACUGCAGUGAAUGAGAUGCUGAGCAGUGCAGCAUGUUUGAGGGGUUUGAGCCUGGUCCAUGAGUCCUGUGGUGAACUACAGAGCUACAGGGAAGGCAUGAAUGCGCUUCUGUCCAGUGUCAGUUAUGCAGAGCAGGCUGAGAAUCCAACACUGAGUUUGGCUGCUGCCAAGCAUUACUGGAAUACAUGCCUACCUCUGACGCAGACUGUGGAAGAAAGACGGCAGCUCAAAGAGCCACUGGAGAGGAUUUUAAAAGUCCUGGUCCACACCACCACCAAACAUGUGCAGGGCAAAGUGAAACACUUCCAGAUCUUGUCAACACCACCAAUGGUGACUUCUAAACAAAGUGACGAUGGCCUGGCUCUGAUAGGAUCCAUUUAUAGUCUGUUGCUGUCCAUCCACACUGAUAAAAAGGACUGGAAGAGUGGUCUGCAGCUGCUGGACACAGCUGUCAGACAGGUACCUCACUCCAGACACCGGCUAUCCCUGCUCAAACAACGUAUACUAGUGAAAGCACAGCUGGGGGAAAGUAUACUGAUGGAUAUGGAGAUGUUAAACAAUGAAGGAGAGCAGUGCUGUUCAGACAUGUGGCACCAGGUGGCACUCUGUGCCAGGAAUAUAACACAACUGCUGACAUGCUACCAGAAAUCCAUCACCACUCUGGUGAGUGCAGACACUCAGUGGCAGAAGGUCAACCUUCUGUUGGAGUUUGGAGCGUGGCUUUACAGUAACAACUUCCCGAAACAGGAUGCCCAACAUCAGGUUCAGUGGGCCAUAGAUGUCUUUCUACACUUGGAAACUGAACAGGCUGAAGGAACGGAAGAUGAGUCCAAUAAAAAGGAUGUGAUGAAUUGUGCCUCCUUGGUGGGACUUCAGGGGAUAUUACCACAAAAUUUGUCUAAUCUGAGGGAAGUGAGAUGUCUUGACAGUUUGGUAAGAGCACACACUCUGCUUGCUGUCAUGGCAGGCAGAACGUCUCCACAACACCAGCUGAACUUGCUCAGAGCCUACACCUUUGUCCUUCAAAUAUGGAAGGUGUCUAUGUCAGUGGUCCGUGACGUUUUCAGUGACAUGGUCAAUAGUGAAUUACCACAAAAGUCUUCAUCUGCUGCAUCGAAAAAAGAUAAGGACAAGAGCAAAAGCAAAACGGCUGUAUUUGUUGAAGAAAAAUCCAAGCAUGAUGUGUUGGAUCAGCCAUUCCCUUCCACCCCAAAGGACUGGGCUCAAUAUAUUUGCCCUGACCAAGUCCGCCAGAUAUUCAGAACCAGCAGCAGUCCAUUCUGUGUCAAUGCACACAGCAUUGCUAAACAGACUCAAACCCUGUUUUAUCUCAACCUGCUGACAAGCGAACUCCACUCACUGUCACUCAGCCACCUGACCCUGCCGAUACUGCACCUAGCUGAGACCAUUUCUUGUGACCUUUUGGGUAGGAGGUGCUUCUCGGACCUGUACCGACUUCGAAUUGUGAAGACCUGUUGUCAGCUGGGAAUGGAAACACACUCUCCCUUUUAUCAAAAGCUCCUGAAUAUCAGCAGCAUCAAUGAACAAGAACAAAUGGAGUGCCGUAAAGCCAUAGCUCUGUCACAGGAAAGGACAUGUCAUUAUAUGACCUUCAAUCAGGCAGCUGUGUUGGAUGUAAAGGUCAGAUUUCAACAACACAAUACAGAUGUGUACACUCAGGAAAUUUGGGUGGAAAAAGCUGAAGUUUGCCUCAGUAUGGGGCUCUAUCAAGCUGCCAGAAACCUCCUGGCAGAGGCCCACCUGGUGGCAACGGAACUGGGAGACCACAUAAGCCUCGCAAGGUGUUUGCUCAGUCUAGCUAUUCUGGCUUGUGAUGAGAAAAAGCAUGCACAAGCUCUCACUCUGCUUGACAAGGCUCAAGAAUUAUGUGGCGAUGAGCAGUUUUGGUAUCAGUUCACUCUCACCAAGGUUCGAUCUGUGGUAGGCCAGAGACACCAUGUUCUACAAAUCGAGACUGAUCAGGUUAUCAAACAAGGCUGUGAAACCUUGAAACUGGUUCUGGAACAGCAGAUAAACCGAGUCCCAGAAUUCACAUUCUUAGUCAUGUCAUUGGAGAUGAGAGGUGCACUGGAAUGUAUCCGUGUCAUUGGGAGUCAAGAAUCUGGUGAGAAGCUCUCUUUGGUGGAUGUACAGAGGCUAACAGCUGCUUGUGAUACACUUAAAGAAUGUGCCAGUGGCUUCACUAAACUCAAUUAUAGAGAACAGGCAGCAGAAGCCCAUGCUGAAUAUGCGCACGGACUGAGAAUCCUAGCCAAAUAUGCAACUGAUAGAGAUGGGAAACAGCGCUUCUUGCUUGAUGCUUUCUACCAAAUACAGCAAGCUGUCAUGGUGCAAGAACUUGUGGUACUGAAUGUGCAGAAUCUCCUCUCUCCAGAACAGAAUCAUGGAUUGUCACUAGUCGCCAUGAGGAGAGUCCUACGUCUGCGACUGUGUCUGGUAGAAUUUUGCCUGGACAUGUUGGAGGAAACCUGUAAUGAGGAGAAACGCCAGGCUCUGGUUCGGGAAACAAUGACUUCAACUGAGAUAGCAAUCGAGGAAUACACACGCUGUACACCUGAGCCAAAUUCCACAGAACAGGAAUGGUUGAGUGUGGGUUCUACUUUAGGGCAGGUGGUGCUGGGUCAGCUGGCAGCGCUCAGCUUCCACUCCGUGGACGACACACAGGCUCAAGCUCAAUGCUUGAUUUUGACAGGGAGGUACCUUAGGCUGUUGGCUGCACAAGAGGACCCCAUUUAUUUCUGUAGCCUAUGGGAUAGGCACAAACAGCAGAGGAGGUGUCAGACAGAGCAUCUGUUAACUGCGGCCAAUGAAACACUCGACCAGGCCAUUGGGUUGUGUCUCCAACACAAGCUGCCGUCAUCCAUCUUGGCUGAUGCUUCCAUCAACAGGCUGGAGUGUUGUGGCCAGUUUGAUACCACAGUGGCUGGCCAACAUCUGGCUCUGUUUCAGAGCUGUUGCAGUGUUGAUGUGAUGGCUGAAGUCCUAAGUGUUGCCUGUGUUGACCCCAGUGCAUCCCAGCUUUCAGCACUGCUCAGCCUCCAGAGAAAACUCCUGUCACAGGAGGAGAGGCCCAGCAGCAUGCUGAAAGGGGCAGAGGACUCCCUCAACAGCCUCUCCAAGGCCUUCAGCCAUCUGGUCAUCAAACCCGACCACCUAAACAUUCUCACCGAGAUUCCACCAAACAUAAAGAUCCUGCUACUUCAACACUCCAAAAAUGGGUCGAGCUUUAUGGAGCCAUCUAUGAGAAGACCAAAAGUACACUUAAGGAUCAAAAGGAAAGACUGUGGAAGUAUGUUGACAUGCUCUGGGGUGGCCAAAAUCUCAGUGUGCCCCCAGGCUCUACUAGGACUGAGGGAACAGACCCGUGCCUUUGGCCACGUGGCUCAAUAUGCUCUCCUCAAGGAAUCCUGUUGGCCCAUUCGUGAGCACAACCAGGAAGACCCUGAAAAGCAUCAGAAAACUACUGCUGGGGAAAAACUAACUCAUCUUUUCACAAAAAUUGUCCAGGACAUGGAACAGUAUUUGCAUCCCCUGCUGACACAGCUCGACUUGUCUUGCUUAAGACCUUUAGCUUCCAGACGCAAAGACAGAGCCAUUAUGUUACAGUUGUUUUUUGAGCUUGGUACUGGGCAGAAGGAAGGAUUUGUCUCAUUCUUCCCUCUGUUGGUGGACCCAAGUGAAUCAGAAGAAGUCCCCAAGAUCACCAAAGCCAGAGAUAAACAAGAGAAAGGAAGUUUAGUUAAAUUGCCAGCAGAAACAGGGGAAUAUGUGGUGAUACUAGCAGACAGAAAUCUGCUGGAGUUGCCAUUGGAAGCCUUACGCAUCUUGCAGGAGAAAGGUUUGAGUUCUGUGUCAAGAGAUUUCUCCCUCCAGCUUCUCCACAGUCGUCUCCUCAGAAAAGGGUCAGAGAAAGUUAAAAGAGACUACAACAAGGAGACCAAAGGUAGAAAGGCAACUAAGGACAAGGGAGAUCAAAGCCAACCCAUCAAAGGGCCCAACCAGAAAUCCAUGUCAAGCACGUGUCCUGCUCUGCCCUCAAACAACUUUUCUGUGGACACACGUGAUUUCAAAUAUAUUGUUCCAACUAAUGAGUGCAACUUCGAAGGGACCAGUCUGUCUGAGGGGAUGAAACACAUUUUAGAAACCCACAGCCAAAAUUUUGCCCAUAUGCUGGAAGGGUUCAUGAACAAUAAACACACAACCAGUCUGUCUCAGAUGGAGGAGACACUGUGCAGAUGCAGUGCCUUUAUUUACAUGGGAAUGGAGCGAUUUAUGGCAAACAUUCAACCUGCCAAACUAGCAGUGCUUAAUAUGUCUGAGUGUCGUAUGGCUGUGCUUUUUGAUCUGCUUCAGAAGAAAGGCAGCAUUCUUGCCCAGUCAAACCCCAAUCUGCACAACAGUGUAUGGAAGUUAUCCCUGGAAAAACCAUUGGAAACUGCUUUGCUGUUGAGUUUGGGUGGUGUUGGCAGCAUUGUCCUCAACCAGUGGCACAGCAGCCCACAGUCCAAUCUGCAAACCAUGGCCAGUGUUUUGGACAGUCUGCUGAGGGUGAAGCAGACGUCUGGUCAGGCCGUCCAUACGCUGAGGAAAGAACACAUGAGCAGUUCAGAGGAGCUUUACAAAGGAUCACAUGAUGAGCUGUUUCACGUGGACUUAAAGGAAGACGAUGUUCAUCGCACAACUCUCACACCAGCAGCCUUCAACUGUGUUCUUUAUGGCCUCCCUAACAUAAAUGUCAUAUGACUUACUGGAUAUCUUAU